UGUUUCGGCCAAUUGCCCCAACCACUUUGAGGGCCACUACCAGUACAAGAGCAUUCCUGUGGAGGACAACCACAAGGCGGACAUCAGCUCCUGGUUCAACGAGGCCAUAGACUUCAUAGAUUCCAUCAAGAAUGCAGGGGGAAGGGUGUUUGUCCACUGCCAGGCGGGCAUUUCCCGGUCAGCCACCAUCUGCCUCGCUUACCUCAUGARGACUAACCGGGUGAAGCUGGAUGAGGCCUUUGAGUUCGUGAAGCAGAGGCGAAGCAUCAUCUCCCCCAAUUUCAGCUUCAUGGGCCAGCUGCUACAGUUCGAGUCCCAGGUGCUGGCCCCGCACUGCUCUGCCGAGGCCGGGAGCCCUGCCAUGGCUGUGCUAGACCGGGGCACCUCUACCACCACCGUCUUCAACUUCCCCGUCUCCAUCCCUGUCCACUCCACGAACAGUGCCCUCAGCUACCUUCAGAGCCCCAUCACCACCUCCCCCAGCUGCUGAAAGGCCCUGGAGGUGAGGAGAUUCCAUCCCUCCAGGACCACAGGCUCUUCCUCCAGAAGAGAGGCAGUAACUCCAGAGAUGGGCUUGUGGGUGCUGGUCCUUAUUUAUUUAAUUUCACCCAAGUUCCCUGGGUUCUGAGCAGUUGCCAUGGUGACAGCGUCAAGACAUUUGCUGAACUCAGCACGUUGCGGACCAAUAUACAGUGGGUACAUCAAGUCCCUSUGACAAAAUGGGGCAGAAGAGAAAGGACUCCGUGUGUGAGCUGCUUUCUCUUUGCUUGCUUCCGUUUUUUCUAGAAACUUGAUGCUUGACAUACCUACCAGUAUUACCAUUCCCGAUGACAUAUAUGUAUGAGAAUAUACCUUAUUUAUUUUCCCGUAGGCGGUCUGCCUUCACAAAUGUGUCUACUCCUAGAAGAACCAAAUACCUCAAUUUUUGUGUUCAGUACUGUACUAUCUUGUAAAUAGAUCUGAGCAGGUCUGUUCUCACCACUGGUGGAAAACACCAGUGUUGGUUUAUUUAGUUGCCAACAGUUGUGUGUUUGCUGGUUAUUUAUGACCUGAAAUAAUAUAUUCCUUCUUCUAAGAAGACAUUUUGUUAUAUAAGGAUGAAUUUUUUUAUACAACAGAAUAAAUUAUGUGAU